AUGGUAGAGAUUGCUAGAGAAAACAAAGUUCCUCUUAUUCAUUUCUCUGUUUUCUCUACUGCUACAUAUGUGUUUCUUGGAUCCCCAGAGUACUUAGUUGGCGAUGGUCAAAAAAGACUUCGGCCAUCAUGGAUGAGUAUGACAUCAAAACCAGAGUGGGUUGACUUUCCCUCCUCAAUAUCUUAUCGAAACCACAAGGCUGUUGGUGCUUUCAAAGGGAUGUAUGGAGGAAAUGCUUCUGGGAUCACAGAUGGUGAAAGGGUUUCCAAGAUACUCGAUGGAUGCCAAGCUUUUGCGGUACGCAGUUGCACCGAGUUCGAAGGAGACUACUUGACUUUAUUUGAAAGGCUGAUAGGAAGACCUGUGAUUCCUGUAGGCUUGUUACCACCAGAGAAGCCAGAAAGAAGAGAAAUCACUGAUGCUCUGGGAACUUAUGAGUCAAUAGGCAUACAUGCUGGCUUCCACAGCGAGAAUGCUUCCAGUACAACUGAUGCUGCAAGGUUAGCCAAGGUUCUUGAUUCCUGUCAAGCAUCAUUCAUCAUUAAUCAAACAUUCAAUGCAAGGCUAUUUUUAGAGAAGGGUUUGGCAAUUGAAGUUAAAAUAAGCAAAGGUGGUUCAUUUAGUCAGGUAUCCGAUUACCUUAGACAGGCAAUGAUAGGACAAGAAAAGGCUGCACCAAACCAGGAUUUUCAGCUGUUGAAACUAGUGACACUCACUGACGGCCAAACUGCACUUGCAUCAGCAAAGACGCCCGCAAAUCAGAGAGACUUAGUUAUGGCAAGUGAUUUGCAUGUGGUUGUAGCUUUCGGAAGCUACGAGGCAAGAAACAUCUAUCCUGGCAUAUUUGGGGAGAAUGCCUCAGGAAUAAGAGAUGCUGAACGAGCAGCAAAGACUUUUAAGUGGAUGUCAAGCUAUAACUGA